UCGGUCAGAUAAGAAAAUUUCAGAAACUCCCUCCCUGUGCACCUGUGGGCAUUCCCACUCCCACACACCAACAAGACAAGGUUAGACAGAUCUUCUGAGGCAGCUUCUAAGGCCUUUCAGCAUGUCAAAAUGCAUCUUUGGGGUAUCCGUUUCUGAGUACCAACAAGGGAACGGAAUGGGUUAAGAUUUCAUUCUCUCAGUAGAGGAAAAUCUAGGGAUUCAUUCUACAUUUGAAGCCAAAAACAGUUAUCUGACUCCUUCCAGAGCCUUUAAAUGUUGAUCCCUUCCCCUCUUCUCCCAUCAAACAUACACUUGGAAGUUUAAGAAGAAUGGAGGGAUCUCAAGGUGUAAAGUUUUCUUUCUGUGCGAUGACCAGUGCUGGUCCUCAGAUGUCAACUGCCAACCAGGGUAGCUCAUGGUUACAACCUCCCGUACAGCUCUCACUUAUCCAGAACUACUGAGGCUCCAAGCUCAGUAUCAAACUGUUCACUUGCACUAUGUCCUCUAUGAUGUCACUGUCAUCAUUUUACAGACACACUGCGACUCCAAGUGGUCGUUACUAGUUCACAAUCAAGUAGCUCUCGUUCAUCUUCUCGUUCAUCUUCAACUCUAUGAUUAACUGCAAAAUGUUCUGCUCAUUUUGACUAGAGUCUUGAAAGAUCUGCAAACUAAACGGCAGGACUGAUGCUCAGUUCUCUGACCAGGGGAUAUCCAGUCUCUUAUGUGGGGAAACUCACGCCCAGGUCUAACCUCACACUUUUAAGACAGAUGAGAAGGAAGGGGGAAAUGUUGCUACAUUAGGAGGAAUUAAUUACAAAGAGAGGAAGUAACUAGCUUGAUAGUCUCAUGGAGUCAGGAUUAAACGCCAUGUCUGUCCUGGCGUACGCUAAGGGAUGGGGAAACGUCUGGGUCCCAGGCUGGGUAAAUGGCAGGCACAAGCCGAAUUAGUUCGGCUCUUGGUUUGACUCCCUCUUCCCUCCUGUUCCAAGCGCUCGCAUGAACCAGGGUGCCAGGGGGAUUAUCAGCGUCUGCGCAAGGCCGAUGGUGGCAGCGCGGCGUCAGGAAUCAGGCCCCCUAUCCCUGAGCCCAACAGCCUACCGCCACAGCACCCAACGAAAAUGGGAACGACAUGUUGAGACGCUGCAGCAACAGCAGGCGCUUCCCACCAGCUACAGUCGGAGAUUUGGAGCGCUUGUGUCUGAGGCUCAAUCCCGUCAGGUGCCGCGCAACUCAGCGGCGCAUUCUCUUUGGACCCGAGGCACCACCAUACUUUCCAUUGCUUACUUCCGUUAAACCCCGAGCGCUGCCAUGGCAAGCCGGAAAUAGGGAUAAAGCAAUUUAGCCAGAAGAGGGCGGAAGUGGCUACUCAGGGCGCCGCCAUGACGAGCCGGGCCGGAAGAAGACGUAGGGCGCCGCCGUGACAGAUUAGUCCUAAAGGGAACGGGGUUGUUAGUUCAAUUGGCUACCGGAAAAAACCAGGCUGGGCUGGGCGCCGCCAUGACAACCGAUACCGGAAAAGGCGGGUCGUUCCCCCCGGACAGCCCUACGCCGGCAAAGGUCUCGAGAUCCCAAUCAUCCGCCAGAUCCGCCAGGCCUGUGCUCAGCCUUUUGAGGCCUUCGAGGAGUGUCUUCGACAGAACGAGGCAGCUGUGGGCAACUGUGCAGAGCAUAUGCGCCGCUUCCUGCAGUGCGCUGAGCAGGUGCAGCCGCCACGCUCACCUGCAACUGUGGAGGCCCCUCUGCUGCCAGUCUGCUGGUGUUUGCUGGAGGUCCCCUCCUGACCCUGUUUUCCUGGGUAUCACCAGUGGAGGCUGCAAAGCAGCAAAGAUUGCUGCCUGUUCUUUCCUCUGGAAGCUUCGACCCAGCAGGGAACCUGCCAGAUGCCAGCCAGAGCUCUUCUGUAUGAGGUGUCUGUCAGCCCCAACUGGGAGGUGUCUCCCAGUCAGUAUACACAGGGGUCAGGGAUCCACUUGAGGAGGCAGUCUGACCCUUAGCAGGCUCGAAUGCUGUGUUGGGAGGUCCGCUGCUCUCUUCAGAGCCAUCAGGCAGGGACGUUUAAGUCUGCUACAAGCCUGACUGGGCUGCUGCCUUUUUUACAGAGAUGCCCUGUCCAGGGAGGAGCAAUCUCGCAGUCUGAACACGGCAGCCUUGCUGAGCUGCAGUGGGCUCCACCCAGUUUGAACUUCCCAGCAGCUUUGCUUACACUGUGGUGGUAAAACCGCCUACUCAAGCCUCAGCAAUGGCGGACGCCCCUCCCCCUACCAAGCGCCACCGUCCCAGGUGGAUCUCAGAUUGCUGCUGUGCUGGAAGCGGGAAUUUCAAACCAGUGGAUCUUACUUUCCUGGGCUCCAUGGGGGUGGGAACCGCUGAGCCAGGCCACUUGGCUCCCUGGCUUCAGCCCCCCUUUCCAGGGGAGUGAACAGUUCUGUGUUGCUGGCGUUCCAGGCGCCACUGGGAUAUGGAAAAAUAAAAUAAAAUAAAAGCUCCUGCAGCUAGUUCAGUGUCUGCCCAGUGGGCCGCCCAGUUUUGUGCCUGAAACCCAGGGCCCUGGUGGGGUAGUCACCAGAGGGAAUCUCCUGGUUUGCAGGUUGUGAAGGCCAUGGAACUAGUGCAGUAUCUGUGCCCAAGUUCCUCAGGCUGAGACCCUCACAGCUUCCCUUGGGUCAGGGGGAAAAUUCCCCGAUUCCUUGCGCUUCCCAGGUGAGGUGACACCCCACCCUGCUUCCGCUCAGCCUCUGUGGGCUGCACCCACUGUCCAACCUGCCCCGGUGAGAUGAACCAGGUACCUCAGUUGGAAAUGCAGAAAUCACCCACCGUCUGCAUCGAUCUGGCUGGGACCUGCAGACUGGUGCUGUUCCUAUUCGGCCAUCUUGAACCUCUCUCCUGAUCCCUGAGUUUUCAGAGAGACUGAUUUGAGUAAUAAUAAAACUCUGGUCUCCUGCUCAGCCA